ACUGCCUGUAUUUCCGAACCAACUACCGGACAUUCCGCCUAGCUGUUCACGGUGACUGAGCUUCCGUUGCCAAAUUCUAGAGGCAGACUCACACACACCGGGGAGUCCACACAAAGUACCGGACCUCGAUGAACUUUCUGUCUGGAGGAAAAGGAAAAUGAAGGAACCGACUUGGACUCGAACUGUGUGAAAGUUGAGACUCCUACGCGCCACGCCGCGCCACGUUACUGACACGACUUUGUCUUUCGGGGAACUCAACAGUUGUGUUUUUGUGCUUUGAACAGCUGCUGAAACGGCGAGCCGACAAAAAGAGGAAAAGUGGCUCGUCAGCGUAAAAGUUAACUUGAGUCACCAACAAGUUCCAACUCUUUUUUUUUUUUUUUUUUUUAAAGGAGGAUUAAUUACUUAUCUGUCUCUCUCUCCACGACGUGAUACCAAUAGGUUUGACUCACUGGCAGACACGCACUCAUCCACCCAGACAGCUGCCUGCCUUCAUGACUGCCGGGCCCCGCGGCUGGAGCGCAUGAACCGGGCCGCCGCUGGAUUCCUCCGGCCCCCUGUCAGGUGAAAGGCGUGGCGCUGGCGCGUAGGUGCGCCGUGCGAUCAACACCUGAGUGUGCGUGACUGCUUGUGUGUGUGUGUGUGUGUUAGUAACCUUAGAUCUGAGAGUCCGUGCUCGGGGACGGUUCUAUCGGUUUAUUUCCCUCAGGUGAAAGUCCAUCGCUGCCGGUGGGGUCUGUUUACCACCUCACGAGCUCAGGUCACGCGGACGCGUUAUGGACCGGAAUGACAGAUCGCACCUUUUCGAGGUUUGACCCUUCGGACCGAGGAGUGGAAACUGGGUCAGAGUGGUUUUGGUACUUAACUAUUAAUUGACCCGUGGAUCUAUCGGGGCCAUGGCGUUGUCUCAGAUCCAAUGUCUGGAUAAUCACCACGUCAACUGGCGCGUGAGCGAGGGGAAACCGGAGUUUUUCUACUGCGAGGAUCAACGGCUGGCGAUCGAGGCGCUUGUCACCAAGGGCCGCGAUGCGUUCAGGGACUUGGUCCGCGAGAAGGGUGUGCGGGAGUUCCUCUCGGAACCGGAGCUGGAAUGGAUUGCACAUACAGCGGAGGAAUACCGGCCAGGCCACGAGCAUCAUCAGAAGCCAGAGACACCCGGGCCGGGGAACAUCACGCCGGGGUCCGGGAACUUCGGGGAAGACGGCGAGGUGUCGCUCCAGUAUUGGCCAGAUCGGUCGGAGGGCUCAGUGGCGGAGCUGGACCUCGGCUGGCCCGAGCCCAACUCAUACCGAGGGGUCACGCGCGUUGCCGUGUACACGCAGCCUCCAACCGAGGGGCACACGCACAUCAAGGAGGUGGUGCGCAAGAGCAUUGCGUCAGCGACGAGGGCGAUAGCUGUGGUGAUGGAUGUGUUCACAGACGUGGAUAUCUUUCGAGACCUGCUGGAUGCAUCCUACAGACGCAAAGUUCCUGUAUACAUUAUUAUUGACAUGGCUUCAGUCCCCUGCUUUCUUUCCAUGUGUGCCAGAGCUGAUAUGCACCGUGGACACCUAAAGAAUCUGCGCGUACGCUGCUGUGGAGGUGUGGAGUUCUUCACACGGUCAGCACAGAAGGUGCGUGGAGCACUGAGCCAGAAGUUCCUGCUGGUAGAUGGAGACAAAGCCAUCUCUGGUUCAUACAGCUUCACCUGGUCCUCGUCCCGUUUGGACCGUAACCUCAUCACUGUGAUCACAGGACAGGCAGUGGAGACCUUCGACCUGCAGUUUGGUGACCUUUACCUCGUGUCCAGAGGUGUGUCUCUAAACAAGGUCCCCAUGGCCGAUGAACCAAUCCCCGACCCGGUCCCUCAGGCAGCUCCUGCUCCGGUGUCAGCUGCUAUUGCUAGGAAGCUCAUCAAUCCCAAAUAUGCCCUUGUUGCCACUGGAACCUACACAAGUUCCACUCCUUCUGAUCAAAAUUCCAGCAACAAGAAUCCCACUGGGCUUAAGUUUACGAAAAGCCGUCUCAGAAAUGUCAUUGAAGAGCCCCCCUUACAUCCGGGAUUAGCCCAUCUGGAGAAAGCGUACCUGAUCCCGUACCUGCCCAUCUGGCCGGAGCCAGACCCACCAAGCGACGUGAUUGGUUUUAUCAACAUUAGGGAUGAAAAGCGGGCCAAUCAGGUUCACUUACAGAGGUCGGAGAGGUUUGAGACCAGCCGGGCUAUUUGCUUCAGCUCUGCACUGACGCAACCACCACAGACUGAGAAACCUGCUUCAGGUGGGGAUGCAAACGCUGCAGGAGCAGCAGCAGAAAAUCCUUCCGGGAAUACGAGUGCAGACGUCUCUACUCCUGUGAGUCCAACCAACAAACAACCCGAAGAGAAAACGCACACAGCUCCGAAUAAAGACCAAACUGAUGCAACAGAUUCCAGUGGCCCCCCUCAGCAGCCUAACACACCUUUAACACCAGACACACACAAACCGAAUGCACCAUCACCAUCCGAUGUUACUGCCGAUACAAAGCCGACCAACAAUGACGAACAAACUCCCGAGACUCAAACUGUAGCUCCUCCUAUUCCUAAACGCCGCACUCUGCAGUUAGUCAUAGAACCCACCACCUCGGAGCAGCCAGGCCAACCACAGGUCUCUUUGAUGAAAAUGGACCAGUUGGAAAGUCUCGAGGGCUUCAACCAAAAGGGAACCCACAAGGAGCUGCCGCCCGUUCGUGGCCGCUUAACAUCAAAGGAGGCCGGCAGGGACUCUGGCAGCACGGGUGAGGGCAGCCAAGACAGCACCAAGGUCUUGUGUGACCGAGCAGCCAAUGACGGUCCUUCAAGCAACUCCACAGCGUCAGAGGAGGAGUUUUAUGAAGGUUCCCAGCCGGAGCUGAGUGACCCGCUGAUCAACGGAGCGACGACAGGAUCAGGGCGCGGGAAUCGCCAAGGAGAUGGGGUCAACAUGAUGGCACGCUUCUCCCAGAGCAUGCUGGAUCUGCGGCCGCCCAGCCAAUCAGAAGACAGCACUGACCUCAUCCGCCAAUCGCAGCAGCUCCGCAGACAAGUACACCAGUCACCACAUAGGCACAUUGGACAGUUGUUCCACACCUCCAAAUCUCCAGGUCAUGAUGCGCGACAGAGAGCACCUAAAGUAGUCAUCGCCAAACCAGGAAGUUUUCACCGCCCCGCCCGAGCUGAUGUCCAGGUGAUCGGAGGACAUCGUUACUGGCAGGGUCAAGCGCUGCAGCCGGAUUCGGGCCAGCUGCGCGUAGAGACACGCUCUGGCCGGUCGCCACGUCGCCACAGCCCGGGUUACAGGAAGACGGAUGGUGCCUUGGCACAGCCGCCAGGCAACCCAUCAGGGGUACUGGGACUAUCUUUCUCAAAACUGAGCAAUUUAAGACACUUAAGGGCACGAGGUGGAGCAUCGCAGAAGAAAGCAUCUCAAAAUAAUAGGUAGAACUGUGGGCCAGCACAGGAACAUGAGGACGAUUGCUGAUGCAGACAGUGGUGACUCUUCAGUGUGGAAUCUUCUCUAUCACUGGCAUGUGUGUCAUUUCCUGUUUUCAAACCUCGAGGCUCAAGAUACAACAACUAUUGAAUUGGGACUUUCUGACUAUGUCAACAAGAGUUGGCAGUUUGAUUUAAUAUGUUUUUAGGUGUUGUCUGUCAAUUAUUCUCAUCACCUUCAAAAUCAAUGUUUCCAUGCUAAAGGCUUCAGACUGGAUGGUGUCACUGGUGUCUGGGGGAUAAUUCAUUUUAGAGGCAGACACUGAUACCUGGGAGGAAAUAAACCCACAACUUUAAGCAUGGAUCCCUUUCUACAAGAGGAAGUGUAUUUUGUCGAUGAUAACCAGUCAGCGUUUAGUGAGAUCCCCUCUGCCAACUCAAGCACUUCAGUUUUGUUGACAAUCCUUUGAACAAAUAUUUCUUAAUUACCUCAACUGCUUUUCUUUUUCCGAAUUGUUCACUGUAAAUAUUAUUUUUCCAUAUCCAACCUACAAAGAUGUGGUGUAUCUGCGACAUGCAUCACCGAUUAUGUCUGAUAUAAGAUUCCGGCUCUGGUGUUGAAACCACUGUGAUUGGUUACUGAUGGUGUUAGGGUAGGGCUACUGUGUUGAUAACUGGUAUAUAAGCAAUUUUACACUGAUGUUGUACCAAAAGUGAAUGCUGUAAAUAAAAAGACAAAUUGUUGCUGA